AUGCCAUGUCGCCUCACAAAUUGCCCCGCUAACAAUCCGGCAGAGGCAGACACUAUUCGCAUCCUGGUUGCGACGGACAAUCAUGUCGGAUACGAAGAGCGAGAUGCCAUUCGCAAGGAUGACAGCUGGCGGACAUUCGACGAGAUCAUGACUCUGGCCCGCACAGAAGAUGUCGACAUGGUGCUGCUUGCCGGCGACUUGUUCCACGAUAACAAGCCCUCUCGCAAAUCUCUCUACCAGGUCAUGCGAACGCUACGAAAGAAUUGCCUCGGCAUGAAGCCUUGUCCACUCGAAUUUCUGUCAGACGCCGCCGAUGUCUUCGAGGGAGCCUUCCCCCACGUCAACUACGAAGAUCCCGAUAUCAACAUCUCAAUACCCGUCUUCUCCAUUCACGGCAAUCACGACGACCCUUCCGGCGACGGUAACUAUUGUUCACUAGACCUGUUGCAGGCGGCAGGCCUUCUCAACUACUACGGCAGGGUGGCUGAGGCGGAUAACAUCGAGGCGAAGCCAAUUCUACUGCAGAAAGGCGACACGAAGCUUGCCUUGUAUGGGUUGAGCAACGUUCGUGAUGAGCGCAUGUUUAGAACGUUUAGAGAUCACAAGGUCAAGUGGUUCCGCCCUGGCACUCAGACAGCCGAGUGGUUCAACCUACUGGCCGUCCACCAAAACCACCAUGCUCAUACAGCGACAUCAUAUUUGCCGGAGAACGUGCUUCCAGAUUGGCUAGACUUGGUGGUCUGGGGACACGAACACGAGUGCUUGAUUGAUCCGUCAAAAAAUCCAGAGACGGGAUUCCACGUUAUGCAGCCAGGAUCCUCUGUGGCGACAUCGCUAGUCCCGGGGGAAGCAGUGCAGAAGCACGUCGCUGUAGUAAGUGUAAAUAACAAAGACUUCAAAGUUGACAAGAUUCCUCUCAAGUCUGUCCGGCCGUUUGUUACAAGGGAAAUAUCUCUCGCUCAAGAAAAGCGGUUCAAAGGCUUGGACAAGAAAAAAGACAACAGACAUGAGGUCACAUUACGAUUGAUGGAGAUUGUCGAAGAGAUGAUUGCGCAGGCAAACGCAGACUGGGAGGCUAUACAAACGGAUGAAGAGGCCUUGGAAGAUCGACCGUUGCCGCUUAUCCGCCUCAAGGUCGAGUAUACCGCACUGGAAGGAGGCCAGUUCGAGUGUGAGAAUCCACAGCGGUUUUCGAACCGAUUUGUUGGCAAAGUAGCCAAUACCAAUGAUGUGGUGUAUUUCUACAGAAAAAAGACGGUUCAGCAGGUUCUCGAAUCCCUAGGUGAUGGCGCCGAAAUGGUCAAAGUGGAAAAUCUUGUCAACCAAUUGCUUGCGAAGCAAUCCCUCAAGGUUCUCCCACAAGGCCCCUUUGGCGAAGCGGUUAAUCAAUUCGUUGCCAAGGACGAUAAGCAUGCAAUGGAACUUUUCGUGUCGGAACACUUGUCUGGCCAGGUCAGACAAAUGUUGGGUCUCGAAUCUGACGACGAGGAUCUGAACAAUGCCAUGGAGCUUUACAGGGAGAGGAUGGAGCAGCGCAUGACUACUGCGGGUAGCAUGGGCAAAAUGGCACAGGCUGAAAGAAAGAGGGUUCUGAAGCCCAAGCCGGAUACCUGGGACUCGGAUUUCGAUGGUAGCUGGGAGGACGCGCCC